CAACGGUGGCUGGUAUCACCACAAUUUGAUGCCACCGAAGCGGAAGAGGCGUGCAGCAAUGGAGACAGCCGGAGGGGACGCCGCUCCGCCGCCGCCGCGUCGGAACAAAUCCUCCGCGGCCAGCAAGGGGAAGAAGGGUGGCGCUGCCGGCGGAGGCGGAGGGAGGUGGCCGCCGAUUAAGCCGAAGAAAGAUCUCCAGAUCAAUCGCCUCAAGGGCACCCACCUCCUCACCGUGCCAAACUUCUUCACUGCCGCUGAGGCGAAGGCCUUUGUCGACAUUGCUGAGAAUAUUGGCUUCACGCACCAGGGCAGCCUUGGACCCCUGAAGGGUGAAGCUUAUAGAGACAAUGACCGGAUAUCUGUGACAGAUCCCUUGCUUGCUCAGACAAUUUGGGAAUCUGGGAUGAACAAAAUAUUUGAGGACAUAAGCAUCUCUGGCAAAGUAGCAACCAGCUUGAAUUCAAAUAUCAGGUUCUACAGGUACACUGAAGGUCAGCGAUUUGGUAGGCAUAUUGAUGAGAGUGUCGACCUCGGAGAUGGUUCAAGAACAUUGUAUACAUUGCUAAUAUACCUCUCUGGCAAAGGUAGCACGAAGGAAUCAUCAGGGCAAUCUCUUGUUGGAGGGGAGACUGUUUUUUAUGAUCAUCGUGGAGGAGUUGUUGCUGAGGUUGCUCCAGUGCAAGGAAUGGCUCUACUCCAUCUUCAUGGUGCCAAAUGCAUGCUGCAUGAAGCACGCGUUGUGAAAAAGAAUAUAAAGUAUGUGCUUCGUUCUGAUGUUGCAUUUGCUUAGCUGAAGAAGUUCUCCAAGCUUGUUUCAAAGCACUAUAGACCUGAGCAUGCUAUAGACGAGUGCUUGACGGCUAACUCCACCAUUUUACAAGACCCUGUUCGAAACCAUGUAACUGCUCCAACAUUGGAGCCUGGAAGUGAUGGCUUACAUCAAAUUUGUGUUU